CAGCUCUUCGCGAUCUUGCAAAUCUAGAAAUCGCACCGGGACAAGCAUACAACGAGAUGCUGGCACACGAGGCCGUCAAGACCACCAACAUGUUCAGCUCGCUGACCAAGACCAACAGCAUGGGUGGCAGUAGCACUGCGAGUGCCAGUAGCGGCACACCCACUUCCUCAACCGCCAGCUCCAAGAAGAAACCCAAAAGCAAAAAGAAGAAGUCCAAGUCCAAGACAGACAAUGCGUCGCCUGUGGGCAACAAAAGCCCAGUCGAGCACGAAGAAAUUCCGGCGCAACUACCGCUAGCGCAGCGACUGGAGGUGGCGGCGGCCAUCCCCGACACCCACGCGGCGCUCGUGGGGCUGCUAGGCUGGAGCAGACUUUACGUGCACACUGAUACCAUCCUCACCUUCUUCCAGAGCGACGCGCUGUCUCUGCUGCUGAGCAACGUACUUCGUUCCCGGCCUGCUGCUGCUGUACUGGACAACUUAGAGGCUCUACUAGCCAACUGCCUCUCUGUCGAGAGCAGUUCCGACACGAUGGAGGCAAUGGGAACAGCACCGCAUCGACAGAUGGCUGGAGAGGUUGUUGCAGCUGUAAGGGCCAUUGCCGACCAGUUACAGGGGGAUGUGGAGGAUGCUGAGGACAUUGAUGCAGAAGCCGAACGUGCUGCAAAGAGUUUGAGUCGGUUGGUGCGUGCACACGCGCUGUCGCUGCAUGGCGUGGAUCUGGACUCGCCGCUGACGAAGGAUGUCCAGGAUCUGGAGGCCAAGAUUGCACAAGUGACGAAGGCGGACGAAGCUGUGCGAGGUCAAACGAUCCGAGAAUCGUUCCAGCGACGUGAUCUGCGUAGCGAUGCGUUGUCACUGUAUGAAACACGUCUCAAGAAGCUCACCAAGUUGGUCGAGGAGCGAGUCCGCAGCUCUGAACAACAUAAAGUGGAGGAGGAAGCAGAGGAAGACGAAGAUAGUCCUGAGGACGAUACACAAACAGUGGAAGAUGAAACCCUGAUGCAGGAAGUGACCAAGUCCCUGCAGGAUAUGCAAGACCGCAAGGACACAGAGCUGGCACCGCUACGCAAAAAGAAGACGGCAGCGAGCGCUGAGGUACAGACGCUGCGCCAAAAACAGGAGGAAUUGGAGGCUCAGUUACGUGCAGUGAAGAGUGAACUACAACGCGCAGUUGGAGAGCAACACCAAGCUGAUGAAGACAUGCGUGCAGUUGAAGAGCGCUUCAUCGCUGACAUUGCACGAUUCCGUGCCGAGCACCAGCACGUAACGCGGCGAUUCUCCCGAGCGCAGCGUCGCCGCGUCAUCACUACCGAGGUGGGCAGAGUGGAGAAUGAAGUUCGUCAGGCGAGGCUUGCUCACAGCCAAGUGCACACGCUGCGUGCCAAGCAGACGGCUUGUAUUUCGCAGCAACUAGAGGCUUCGCUCAACUAUUUUGAAAGCGAGUUGCCAUGCGUCAAGUUCAUGAUGUCGAGAGUGGAGGAAAACGAAGCGAAGCUGGCCCCGAUGCGCGGCGAGAUCACAUCGUAUCGAGCGUUGGGCGUCUCAGCUGUCGCUCAAGAGCUCGAAGAGAAGGCUGCAGAGAUCGAAGCGCAUCUAGAAGAGGAUCACAAUUGCCUGGCAGCACUGCACAGGCGCGACGACGAGCUGCUGGGCAGUAUGCGCCGCAUAUUGACAGAUUCUUCCUUGCGCGACGCCCUUGCUGGCGUUGAGGAGAGAAUCAAACACGAGUCGCAGCGCAUGAUCGACUAUGUAAGCAAAAUCUAUGAAGACAGCAACACUCAAACGGCUACAGCUAAUGGUGGCCCCAAAAGCAAUGGGACGAUCGGCUCCAAGAAAUAGUCGGGCACGCAGUGACAAGAUCUUGAUAACACUGGCAUUGAAUUCAUUUUAUCCGUAUCUA